UUAUUUGUAUCGCUUCGGAACGGUCGUUUUGUGUACAAGUAGAAAUGUGUUGCCUAAUUUUUAAUAUUCUAUUGUUAUUUGUUUGGGCUAAUUCAUGUUCUAAUGCACUAACCGUCAAUGUGCAUUGUGAUGAAGGCGUAGACUCCUUUUGCAUAGUAUCAGACAAACUAAAUAUAAAUGAGCGAGUCCAUUUCAAUUUCAUAAAUGCUGAUCACUGGAAGUACAGACGUGUUUUUAAAAUAUCUUCGGAUAGUCGUAUGGCCUUGAUACCAACUGGAAUUUUUCAACAGUUCCCAGAUUUGGUCAGAGUAUAUUUUCCCACCGGAUUAAAGUCCGUUAGCAAGGACGACUUCGAAGGCGCAUCUCGUUUGGUGGAAUUGAAUUUGGAGCAUAAUGAAAUUGAAUCGAUUGUUGGUGACUUGUUCAACAACGUUAAAUUCCUGCAAAGCAUUUUCCUAUCUCAUAACAGAAUAAAUAACAUUGAAGCGUCUGCGUUCGGUGAACUGGAAGAUUUGAAUAACUUAGAAUUAACGAAUAAUUCACUGACCGUUAUUAAACGAAAUGUGUUCGCUGAUCUUAACACAUUGAGUGUGUUGAAGUUAGAUAACAAUCGAAUUGAAACAAUAGAAGACGGUGCCUUGGACUUGCCUGGAUUGAAAGAAUUGUUUUUGACCAAUAACAGAAUCCAGACUUUGUCCGAUAGAAUUUUUUCCCGUUCGACGCAUCUAAAAUCGAUCAAUUUCAACGGAAAUCAAAUGCGAAGUAUCGGACAAUCGUUGUACAACCUCGCAGAGUUACAACGACUGCACUUGGACGACAACAUUAUUGAUGAUAUUGAUUUAGAUUUAUUGGGUCGAUUGCCAUCGUUAGAAUCCAUACAUCUCAGAAAUAGUGGAUUUAAAGUCAGUAAUGUGAAUUCAGAUCUGACUGCAAAUUACAAUGCCGUUCAAUUUUUGGACAUUUCUAAAAAUCGGAUUACAGCCAACGAUAUUUUGCGUCGAUUGAAGAAUUUUAGAAAUUUGGUAAAUAUUGAUCUUGGACAGAAUGAUUUGACGGACAUUGAUGACAUCGAACAGGUGUGGAAUCUAUUUACGAACAUUCGCCACGUAUCAAUAACCAAGAACAAAUUGACCUGCGAUCGAGUCCAGCAAAUUUACGAAGCAACCAAAAAGCAUUCCGCAUUUUCUAUUGGAAUUCCUAUGCCGAGAUUGCCACAAAUAGGUAUUGAAGAGAAGAAUGUCCUAGGGGUUGUUUGUUUAUAGGAUGUGACGAAACAAAAAAUCGAAAUUGAAAUAAUGAAAAAAAAAUGUUUAAAAUAGCGUUGUAAUUGGUGUAACGUGAAAUAAAGGUCGACUGAUA